UGGUCACGGGGAAUUUAAAGAGCUGCCACUUCCUGGGGUUCCCAGAGGGUACUGGGAGGUCACAGCGGAGGAGGGACGCCCUGAACCGGGUGUGAGCCUCUGUUCUCCUGCCCCACCAUGCACCUCUGUGGGGCUGAUGGGCCGCUGAUCAGGAUGGACCCUGACGAACAUCAGAGGCAGCUGAAGAAGAAACAGAAUAACCGUGCGGCCGCCCAGAGGAGCCGACAGAAGCACACGAACAAGGCGGAUGCCCUGCACCAGCAGCAUGAGUCACUGGAGAAACACAACCACACCCUGCGGAAGGAGAUCCAGGCCCUUCAGGCUGAGCUGGCGUGGUGGAGUCGGACCCUGCACAUGCAUGAGCGCCUGUGCCCCAUGGACUGUGCCUCCUGCUUGGCUCCAGUGUCCCCUGGCUGCUGGGGCCAGGCUGAGUGGCCCCCAGGCCCCGUGUGCCCUGGACAACAUGGCUGCCAGGAACAGCCAGGCCCGUUCCGGACCCCGGUCUCCUCUCCGAUGGCUCUGCAGCUCUCUCCAGAUCCACAGCCUCAUGGUUCCCUUGGCCUCCUCUUGUCCCCUCUGCCCUCACUGUCCCUUGGUCCUGCCCCUGUCACUGCAUCCUCUGCCCAGCCGUCCCCUAGCCCUGUCCAAUCUGCCUCGCCCACUGGCUCCGGCCUGCUGAGGUCUUCCUCCAAGCUCAGCACCCUCCUGCCCAGCCCCCCAGCCCAACCUCCCCCUCUACAGUCCCUCGGGCUGGAGCACCCCACCAGGGGGAAGCUGGCGUCCUCAACCCACAGCCCCUCAGCUCCUCUGGGGCUGGGCUUUCUGCAGGGCAGGGAGCAUAAAGCCUGCUUCCCCAGCAACAGAUCAGCAAGGGCCCCACCCCCUCUGGCCUUCCCCCUGCUCUCCUCUGCUCAAGUCUACUUCUAACCUGGCCCCCAGAGCUGGGCUGGCCCCUUCCUUGGACUCAGGAAGCAGCCUCAGCACGUGGGCAUCUCCUCUGUUGCCACUGGAAGCUGCCUUUAUUGGCUGACCAGCUGAACCAGUAUUUCACCAGGGAAAGGAAGCCGUUACUGUGUGCCCACCACUCUGCCAGGUCCUGUCACCGCUACUUUCUUAUUUCAACCUCAUGGUCAUCCUGCAGAAUCCAGACUGUCAGUCUGUUUUUCAGGAGUGGGAAGGAGACAGGCUCAGAGAAGCCAGAUGACUUGGCUAAGGUCACACAGCCUUUCUUGGGACCUGAAACACCAUGAUCUGCUCCUCCUCCUAGUGGGGUCAUGGCCCAGGCACCGCAGGGGCUGAAGUCCUAGAAACUGAGAACUGGUGUGAGAGGCUUAAGUGCUGGGAGUGGGGAGGGGCUCUCCCUUCUGCUUUGUGAUUCCCAGGGCCACAGAGCCCUGCAGUCUCUGAAACCUUGCCCUUUCUGGGGCUGGUCCAGAGUCCAAGCCUGGGUGGGGAGAGGCCAGGCAGGAGCCCAGAAGUGAAUUCUUUCUGUUCUUUUCAGUGCCAAAGAACUGAACCUGAGGGUUGGAGUUGGGGACAAGCCUGGAGCAGUCCCCCCUGGGAUUUCUACAUGCUGAGUACCCAUAGCCAUACCGUGACCUUGGGGAGAUUGCGAAGGGUUAGCUCUCCAGGCUACUCCCCAAUAACUCUCUGCCUCCCCCCUCCUCCCAGGGCCAUGGUGGGUGGACUUCUGAGAGCAUUCAUGUCACGCACAAAAGGCAGGUGGAAAGAAUGAGGGAAGGACCAGGUGCAAAGUUAUGUUUAAGCAAGUGCUGGACUUGAACCUGGCCGCGGUGAGAACUGUGUCUUCUCCGGUAUCACCCCCAUCCCUGUGCAGCCCUCAGGCCCUCAUUACCCUCAGGCCCCUCUGAGCAGUGCCCCUCAUUGCUCUUUGGCCUGAUGGCAGCUGGAAGAGCAGGGGCUUGGGGCUAGGUGGGAGCUCAGCUGUAGCGCCUGCUCGGGGAUGGGGGUGGGUUGGGGGGUGGCGGGUUCUCAUUCAGACUCAGGACAAACACUGUAAGGGGCCUGAGAUGAGAAACUCCGGCUCUUCACCCAGAUUUUCACACACAUGUAAACAGACACUAUGCUAGUAUUUGACACACUCCAGGAUGCUGAGUACAAGUCUUGGUACCUAGACUUUAUGGUUAAUAAAGUGUUGUCCAAUUCUUU